CCCAGUUAAGUUAUACCGAAUAACAAGACAUUGACCCUAAACAUUUGCAAUUCAUUGUAUGAAAACUUUAGUACACUGUUACCAUGCCAUGCAUUAUACAGUUGAUAAUUAUUAGAUGCUGAACGACGCACUAAGAAUACAACGACCUCUAGCUUGGCGAGCUGGUUGCAAUAGCCUACUGGCUGCGUUUGGAACACAAGUCGAAGCCCCCAAGAUCGACCGUCAAGCCGUGUCGUUUAUUGAAGCCUGACUGAUUAGCUAGCUUGAGAAUUAUAUAGUGCUUUACAGUAGGCAACUGGCGUCGUUACUCGUUACUCUGUCAGCAGGGCAAAUCCGAAAGAAAUUUGUUUUUCCUUCUAUAGUUUGUUUUUGGUUUGAUACCCGUUUUUAUUUCCCGGAUGGUAUUGGGUGUACCUGCAUGGUGGGCUUGCGGGAAAUUCUGAACUCUGUCUCUUUGGGAGAGGGACCUGGACGCCCGAACAAAAAAACAGACAUGGAAUCAGUCAAAUUUGGACUCUCUUUCCGCUGUUAUUUGGAUACCCCGCUAACAAUACUUCCCAUUUACCUGGCAUUGUCAACAGUCAAAGCGGCCGCGAUGGUUACCCUGGAGACAGAUUGCCCCCUGGGCCACUUCCCCUGUGGCAAUCUGAGUGCGUGCGUGGCGCAGGAGCGGCACUGCGAUGGCCAGCCCAACUGCCCAAAUGGGGCCGACGAGGAGAGCUGUGAAGGCGGGAGUGCUUGUCCCGCUUGAAUGCCAAUUGCCCUGAAAUUCUCUGCAGGGGACAACAGCGGAUGGGCGGACCUUUUUGACCAGACUAUCAAGAGGCUUGACCCGCAGUAUGUCCCCAGCCACUGCUUUCUGCAGCAGUUCCCAGACGGCUGCGCGUGCGCCAAAACCGAGCUGCAGUGCGUCCAAAUGAAUCUGACCGCGGUGCCUCAGGUGUCGAGGAACGUGACUUCCCUCUCCCUUAAGGGCAAUAAAAUCGAAAAGCUCCCUGAAGACGCCUUCAUCAAGUACACUGAUCUUCAGAGACUGUUUCUCCAGAACAACUGCAUUCGGACCCUGUCCAGUCGUGCCUUCAGGGGACUGUACAAGCUGCAGAAACUGGUACUCAGCCAGAACUGCAUCACGUUGUUAAGUUCCGAUAUGUUCAGAGAUCUCCACAGAUUGGACUGGCUAAUCCUGGAUGAUAACCCACUGAAGAGCGUCUCUAAGGACACAUUCACCGGUCUCAAGAGUUUGUUCUUCCUGUCCAUGGUCAGCAGCUCCCUACAGAAGCUUCCCCAGGAGAGCCUCUGCUACCACAUGCCCUCGCUCAGCUGGGUGGACUUCGAUCGAAACCAGAUCCGGAGCCUGAACUUCUCCACGCUGACGACGUGCGACAACCUCACGGUGCUAUCACUGCGUGCCAAUCGAAUUACAUCACUUCCAGAAAAUGCAUUUCAGUCCCUAAGGAUUCUGCAGGAACUAGACUUGUCAGGCAACAGGAUCAGAGCACUGCCAUACAAAAUCUUCAAGGAUUUGAAGUCUCUCAAAAUACUAAAUGUGUCCAACAAUCCAUUGGGCCAUGUCCACCAAGGUCAGUUCGAUCACCUCGUCCAGCUUCAGUCCUUAGGCUUGGAGGGUAUCGACAUCCCGGACAUUCAGAUGCAAAUGUUCCUGCCGAUGAGGAACCUCUCCUUCAUAUAUUUCAAGAAGUUCCAGUACUGCUCCUACGCCCCGCACGUCCGUAAAUGCAGGCCCAACUCGGACGGGAUCUCGUCCUUCGAGGACCUGCUGGCCAACGUGGUCCUGCGGGUGUCGGUGUGGGUGAUGGCCUUCAUCACCUGCUCCGGGAACCUCUUCGUCAUCGGCAUGCGCACGGUCAUACGAGCCGAGAACAGCCUCCACGCCCUCUGCAUCAAGGUUCUGUGCUGUGCGGACGGCCUGAUGGGGGUGUACCUGUUGUUCGUGGGCGUGUUCGACGUGAAGUUCCGGGGCGAGUACAACCGGAACGCGCAGGCGUGGAUGGAGAGCGUGGAGUGCCGCACGCUGGGCUUCCUGGCCAUGCUCUCCUCCGAGGUGUCGGUGCUGCUGCUCACCUACCUGACGCUGGAGAAGUUCCUGGUCAUCGUCUUCCCCUUCAGCCACCUGCGGCCGGGGCGGCGCCAGACGGUGGCGGUGCUGGCGGCCGUCUGGCUACUGGGCCUCUCCAUCGCCGCCGCGCCGCUGCUCAGCGACGACCUCUUCGGCAACUACUACGGCCGCAACGGCGUCUGCUUCCCGCUGCACUCCGAGCUGGGCGAGAAGCCCGCUGCCAGGGGCUACACCACGGGCAUAUUCCUGGGUGAGCCCCCCCCCCCCCCUCCCCUCCACCCCCUGCACUCCAAGCUGGGCGAGAAGCCCGCUGCCAGGGGCUACACUACGGGCAUAUUCCUGGGUCUGAACCUGGCGGCCUUCCUGGUCAUCGUGCUGGCCUACUCCAGCAUGUUCUACUCCGUCUACAAGACGGGCGUCAACGCCACCGACCUGCGCAGCCGGCUGCGCAAGGACGUGGCCGUGGCCAACCGCUUCUUCUUCAUCGUGUUCUCCGACGCCCUCUGCUGGCUGCCCAUCUUCCUGGUGAAGACGCUGUCCCUGCUGGAGGUGGAGAUCCCAGGGACCAUAACCUCCUGGGUGGUGAUCUUCAUCCUGCCCAUUAACAGUGCCUUGAACCCCAUCCUCUACACCCUGACCACCAGCUUCUUCCGCGAGCAGGGGGAGCAGCUGCUCUGCCACUGGCAGAGGCACACGGUCCUGAAGAAGGAGCGCAAGAGCCUGAGCAGCUCGGUCAUCUACGUGGAGGCCUCCCGCCAAAACUUCUACCACCGGGGCUACGUGCCCACAGUACCCAUCCCGGAAGUGGACCCCAAGUGGACAUGAAGCAGGAGGGUGGAGAGAGAGAGAGAGAGAGAGAGAGAGGGAGAGAGAGGGGGAAGGAAGGAGGGAGGGAGAGAGAGAGAGCGAGAGAGAGAGAGACAGAGAGAGAGAGAAACACCCUUUCUGUAAUACUGGUUAGAAAAGAAGCGGAACUCUGGAGGUGCUAUCUGAAUGAGCAGGCACAUCUUAUAACUGUGACCUGCAACACCCUCUUGUAUUUGGUGCCUCGCUGCCUAACCCACCCCCCGCAGACCCAGAAGGACUGAGACACUUCCUUAGGAACAAGGGCUGUGAUAGGGCUGUGUAUGAACGCAUGUGUACAGGCAGUCCCCGGGUUACAAACCAGAUCCGUUCCUAAGUCUGUCUUUAAGUCAAAUUUGUGGGUCAGUCAGAACAGGUACAUACGGUUUUUAUUUAGUGUCAGUUAGUCAAAUGUUUGUCUCAGUAUAUAGUAUAUAUUUUACUAUAUAUACUAUAUAUAAGCCGCGCCAUGUUUUCUUGAGCGUCACAAGGCAGUGUGUGCGUUCGUUAUUACGAACCAUUGUAUUUAACUCAAAUUUUUAAUAUAAUUGGUUCGAACAUUCUCAACCCAGGGACUGCCUGUAUAUGAAUACGUGUAUGUAGAGCAGCUACGUUCAAGAAGCUGCCAUUUUCUAGUGCAGGAUACCUUUAGGGGACGCAGUCAGCGGGAGUUCACACUUAGGGUCUCGUGUCUUCUCCCAUUUCAGUUUUGGGACCGAGCCGGGGGG